ACAAACACCCGGCUACCAACGCUGGUAGUGACGUCAUCACGCAGAGCCCGUCUGCUAAACACAUUCGAGCACGUUGGUUUCGGUUUGUGCAGGAGGUAGGAUGACAGAGCUGUGUUGGAGCUGCUCAAAAUAUAGUGAUUUGGGUAAUAUUCAAGUUUAAACUUCGGACAAGUGUAUAUGUAGAGUUAGGAGGUUUUACACUGACGUGAAAAAUAUUCGUAAUUAUUUCCACUGUGGCGUUUCAGUCUCACGGUAGCUGUUAAGCUAACGUUAGCUGCUAAGCUGCAGCAGUAGUUGAGUGUAGAGGGUUUUUUCACUCCCUCUGAGCUGGAAAGUGACUGAAAUACGUAUUGUUCUGCAAGUUGCUGUGUGUAAAAUCAGGAUUAACACAAUGUCUGAACCUAUCAUCAAAUCGAAACAAGCAAACAAAGAAGUGAACGGAAUUUCAACAGAAGUCAUCUGCACAGAGUUCAGUAAUUACAUAUUUGUAGUUCUCACUCAGUACGGCAAAAUCGGGACAUUGAUUUCUGUCACGCCUGACUCAAGGUCUAAUGAUAUCAGCACCCCGACAUUCUCCACCAAAGUACUGCUGGGCAAAGACGAGCCACUGACGCACGUCUGUGCCAAAAACCUGGCCACCUUCAUUUCCCAAGAAGCUGGAAACAGGCCCAUCUUAUUGGGAUUGGCUCUGAAGGAUUCCUCCGUAGAUACAAUAAAACAACUUAAAGAGAUUCUCGUCAGUUGUAAAGUCUGGUAGUCUGAAGAAAAUGGGCGUGAAAACUUAAAAUGAACGUGUUCUGGAGCCACAGUUUUCUAGUCUUGUUGAAAGCUUAAUUCUUUCCCAAGUUAAAACUAUUGCUGGAUUCAAAACUGCUUCAACAGAAAAGUGUCUGAAUAAAGAAUGUUUUCAAAAACUGUUGACAUUUUUGAAUAAAAAAGAUUUAUCCUCUUGGAAACGUCAAAAUUUUGCCCGUUGCGAAGAUGUAUGUUCCAUCUAUUCCUGCUCCCUCAGAAACAAACCAAUGUAAAAUGAAGAAAACAGAUCCCUGUGUCUUCACUGUAUGGAAAAUAUAUUGAACUUACAGUUGUAUUUUUUUCAUUUUUCUAUUCCAAAAUACAAUUGUCUAACCUUGUCUUGAUGAGAAUUUAUAAAUAAACCUAAAACACUUUCAUAUGAAA